AUGACAGUGAGCAGCGAGGAGGGCCUACUUCUCGUAGAUGACCGAUUGAGUUUAAAGCUCGGUCAAUUGAUAAGGUACAAAAUAACUGUGGACAAGAGUCUUCUGGAACCUCACCUAACUUCAAUUUCAGAGCUUUAUCUUGCUUUUAAAAACACUGAGAGCGCCCUUUUAAAGCCUGUUUACUUAACAGGACCCUACUCAUUUUACGUGGACAUCCAGCCGUGCAACUACAAUGAAUGGGAAGGAUACGACGAAGAAGUCGCGUUUUGUGAUGACGUGAAACCUAAUGACGAAUAUCGAGCGGUGCUGAAAUUGAACAACAAUUCAAGAUUUGAGAACUCCGAAAAGUUUGUAUGGCAGAUUAAUGUGGUGUCUCAGUUAUCAGUCACGAACCUCCCCUCCUUACGCUUUCGGUUAUGCCUCACUACAAAGCCGACCCCUGAGAUGCCCAAAGGGCCAGUGGAAUUUCCCAAGGGGGUGGUUUGUGAAAAGUGGGACACACACAGAUUAUGGAACCUUCCACCUCGAUCUCCAGAUAAACCGGUUCAUUUAGUUAUUCUUACCCACGGAAUAUUCUCUAACGCUGGCUGCGACAUGGUAUACCUAAAAGAUCGGAUUGAAGCUACCGCCAGCACUGUCGGUAACGGGUCAGAAACAUCUAAUUUGAUUGUUAGAGGGUUUAAAGGAAAUCAGGGCAGAUCUUCAAAGGGCGUCAAGUCUAAUGGAAUCGCGCUUGCUAAAUACAUAAUCGAGACGAUCGACAACCUCAAGAUACGGUAUGACCUUCGAUAUAUUUCAUUUGUGGGGCACUCCCUCGGAGGACUGACCCAGUCUAUGGCCAUUCGUUAUAUUUGCAUUGAGAGGCCAGAUAUUUUCGACAGCUCAAACGGCUUGGAACCCCUCAACUUCAUUACGCUAGCGAGUCCAUAUCUCGGUGUAGCUGGAGAAGUUCCCCCGUUUGUUACUGCCAUAUUAGACAUUGGAGCUUUGGGGCAAACAGGUGUUGACUUGAACCUGAACCGGACAUUUUUUCUAAGAAAAGAAGGCAUUGUUAGAAAAGAUCAACAUCUGGGCUCCUAUAAGCGUAAACCGCUAUUGGAAAUUAUUCCUUCAGAGCCGCUGAAAAGUCUCAUGCAUCGGUUCAAAAAUCGCACUACAUACGCGAAUAUUCUUCACGACGGCAUUGUUCCCCUUAGAACCGCGGCUCUAUUGUAUCUGGACUGGAAGGCACUGAGCGACGUACGCGGCAUAAGAAAGGAAAAUGGAAAAGGGGAUAAAGGAACUCCCGAUAGCACUAGCAAAAACGAUGUUACCGGGAAAAUCCCUGAAGAAUCAAUGGAUAAGAAGUCGGCGUUGAAGUACCUUUUGCCCCAAGGUGCUAUAAGAAGAAAGUACAAACGCUACUCAAGAACGCAAAUACGAAAUCAAAACGAAGAUGAAUCAAAACAGCAAGGUGGAGAGUCUGGAGGGUUUACCCCUCCGCCAAAUGCGAAUCCAAUUAUAUCAGCAGCUAACGUGAUAGUAGCACCUCUUCCAUCCCAAGAAUAUUUCAAAGACCCUAAAUCUCGAGAAGACAGGAUCGUCCACGAUAAGGUUUACUUUCCCGAUGAACUACCACCAGCACAUUACAAAAAACGCGAACUUAUCAAGAAAGUCAUCUACCCAAACGACCGCAUUUAUAGAGUUCAAGAGCGCAUAGCGAGGCAAUGGCAAGAAACCCUAACUUGGCGAAAAGUACUUGUCAGUAUUCAACCCGACUCCCAUAAUAACAUAGUUGUUCGACGCAAAUUCGUUAACGCUUUUGGUUGGGUAGUCAUAGACCAUCUAGUUAAGGAACAUUUUGGCGCAGAAGGAAAAACUCAGUCUGUGAGUGACUCUCGAAGUUAG